AUCUUGUUUCUUAUUCAUAGAUUUGGAAUUGGAAGCUGUUGCCACCAAAGAAACUGAAGCAUCUUAACUGGGAUCAAACCCAUAGAGGGAAGAACAGUGGAUGGAAGAGAGAGAGAGACGGAGUGUGUGAAGAGGAAGGUGGAUAAGAAAAUACAGGACUGGACAAAAGUGCCAGAGUGUACCAAGUGAAGGCAGAGUCCUAAAUCUAAACCAUACCCCCCUUCCCCCUCCCUAAACAUAUACCCACCUACUUGCACAGAAACUUUAUUACAUAAACACACAUACUAUCUUCAGCAAUGCCAAGGGGGCCUGAUCAGCCUGCCGCCUGCUCUGACAAGCCCCGCCUCUUCAACUCAGAUCCUUGAGGCAGUGUCCUGUAAACUUUUACCUUUGACCUCCUUCGUCACCCUGGGAUCCAGAGGUCACCUGUUCUCCACCCAACCCCAGGACGCUCUCCUGCCCAACCAGGAGCCACAGCCACAAGCCACACUCGCAGGCAUGGCUCCCAUUCGGGAUUCCGUCAGCCACUCCCCUAAUCAAACAGGUUUGGAGCAUCCUGGCUUGGACUCACAGUAUGAGCCUUCCCCUUGGUCCUCUGGCUCUCCCUGCAGCAGUGACGGCAACAGCAACUGGGGCAAAGUCCUAGUGGACGAAAGUACCGGCAAACCCAACAAUUCUUCUUCAACCAACUCUUCUGUCUGGCCUCCUUCAACCUUCUCUUGCUCCUCCUCUUCCUCUUCCUCUGGCUGUGGAUCAGGAUCAGACCCUGAGCUGGCAUCAGAAUGCAUGGAUGCCGACUCUAGCUCCUCACUCGGCUCAGAGAAAAACCUCUCUGCUGUUGCAGUUACAGCAGUGAUGAUGAUGUCAGCAAAUGCUUCUUCCUCUGUGUCCUCUACGGCCUCUUCCCCCUCUUCUGCCAUGAUGGUCAGUGUUUCUGUGAAUGGAGAAAGCAAUGGCAACAGUCGUCAUGUUGUUAUCGGCGGAGGAAUGGGAACCAUCAGCGAUGCAAAUAAUGGAAAUAACAUCGCCGGGUCCUCCCACUACUCCAUGGCUGGGUCCAGCAGUAUUGGCAGCAAUAACAUGGGUAACCACAACAUCAAGCUUGUCAGUAACAGUGGUGUAUGGGGCACCCAGUCCGGCAGCAGCAUCAAAGCCACGGGUGGAAGCACCCCCUGCAUCAAUGGUGGGUUAAACCCUAACUCCUUCAACCCAAAUGCCAACCACGGUGCCUGGCCCCAGAAUCCAACCCCAAGUCCAGUGUCCCAGGGUCAACGGCCUCCACAGGCUCAGGGGAUGAAUUCCAAACUGGGUAUAGCCCCCCAACAGGGCCCUUUGCUGGGCUGGGGUGGCAUGGCAGCUCCAGACAACAGCAUUAUGAUGGAUGACACAGAUGUGAAUAAUGGUACAGCAAGCAGCAAGGGGUUAGGAAGCAGCAUCAGAGGAAAUGGUGGCCUGCAGCCUACCAACCUUAACACUGAAUCCAAUGGACCAAAUAACACUAUUAUGAUGAAUACUACUACUACUACUACUAAUGCCACAAUGACCUCUAGUCCACCAAACUCUACCGCCUCACCCCAACUCAGCGGGGAUUGUUCCUGGGGUUCUGUUGGAGGAGGGAAUGGGGGUCCACUGGGCAAUGGAAACACCUCAUCAGCCCCCCAAACCUCCCAAGGAGAGCUGGGGAGUGCUGGGGCCUUCGGUACGCCUUGGGGCGCAACUACCUACCCUGGAGACAAGGGCCCCCCAAUUGCAGACACUGUGAACCCCCAAAACCCUGCCUUAAUGCAGGCUGGAAACCCCCAAAUGUCCUCUACUGCUGCUUACAAGAGUAAUAAUAACCACAACACUGGGGCCCCACACUGGGACCAGGGACCUGCCAAUAACCCAAACCAGCCUCAGAGCAACUUGCCCUGGGGUGUUGGCUCCAAUCAAAUCCCAGGCCCUGCAGGAACAGGGAAUGGGAACCAAUCUAUGGCGGGCCCUCCUGCAGGCAUACCUCGUCCCUGGGGGAGCAGCGCAUCUUCUUCUUCCUCAUCCUCAUCGUCUUCUUCUGCCUCAAACAACAAGAUGUCAAAUGGAGAAUGGGGAUCAGCAGCUCCUGGUAACAACUCUUCAGAUGCUGCAAGCCAGAAAGGAAGCUCAUCCAACAAUGGCUGGAAGAGCCUGGAAGAUGAUGCUAUUGGCAUGGGAGUUGGAGGUGGAGUAGGUGGAGCCCAUGGCUUGGGAAGUGUCAGUGGAGGCUGGGGUCGCUCUGGAGGAAGUGAGGGAAGUGGAGAAAGCUCUGGAGGCCGAUCCAGCUCAGACAAAGAUGGCUACCAGUCGAAAGGAGGAAACCGAAGAAAGGUCACACCUCCUGCAACAGUUAUAUCUGCAGUGGCCCAAGCAGAUGUGGACCCACGAGUUUUAUCCAACACCGGCUGGGGUCAGACUCCCAUACGGCAGAACACAGCCUGGGAUGUCAAAUCUUCUGCUAACAAUCAGUCCCAAGCUCCCAGAGGAGAUGAAAGAAAGCACAGCAGUGGAGGCUCCAGCUGGGGCACGGCAUCAGCGACAGGUCCCUCCCAGAAUUCUGGAGGCUGGGGAGGUAGAGCCCCAGGAAAUUCAGGCUGGGGUGACCAGAGACCAACAACUGGGUGGGACGGCAAAGUCCCAGCAAGUGGAGGAGGUGGGCAGAGUGGCUGGGAUGAUGGAUCCAGCUAUAAGGGUAACACCACAAACAGUAACACAUGGAGCAACAACUUUAACAAAGAUGACAGGUCCAAUACCUGGACUAAUGCACCCAAACCACAGCAGGGCUGGGGUUCCAAUGGUGGAAAUGGAACUGAAGGUUGGGGUAGUGGUGCAAAUGGUAGCAGAGGCGGAGCCAGCAACCACUGGGGUGAGUCCCAAAAAGGUGCAAGCUCAGUGGGGUGGGACAGCGAUAGCGAUCGUUCUGGCUCUGGAUGUUGGAGUGAGCCAAGCCGAACUAACACCAGCAGUAGCAACACCUGGGUAGGGAGCGGAGGAUCAAAUACUCCAGACCAGAGCACGCCAAACCAAGGUUCCAACUGGGGCGACUCAGUCCACAAACCCAAUCCUCAGAGUAACAACCAGAGCUGGGGAGAGCCAAUGAAGAACAAUCACGGAGCUCAGAACUGGGGAGAGCCAAAUCCCAAGCCCUCCAACGAGUGGGGAAAAGCUCCAGAAUCCAAUAUGUCCAAAGGCAAUCAAGGCCCAAACAAGCCAACAGGUUGGGUGGGAGGCCCUAUGCCCACAGUAGGCCAGAAGGAGGAAGUGUCCACUGGGUGGGAGGAGCCUUCUCCAGAGUCCAUACGCCGCAGGAUGGAGAUUGAUGAUGGCACUGCAGCAUGGGGAGAUCCUGGCAAAAGUAGUGGUGGAUCUGUCAACAUGUGGAACAAGACCAGCCAAUCAGACAAUGAGAACAUGUCCCAGCACCAAUCCCAACACCAGUCCCAACACCAGUCCCAACACCAGUCCCAACACCAGUCCCAACACCAAUCCCACCACCAGUCCCACCACCAGUCCCACCUGGCACACAAAUCGAUGCAUCCUCCUCAGCCCAUGCAGCCUCCUGCCCAGGACAAAAGCUCCAGUGCUGGUUGGGGUGACUCAUACCCUCAGCAGAAGGAGUCCUCAUCAUGGGGGGAGCCUACUGCUGCUCCGCCUGCUACAGUGGACAAUGGAACAUCUGCUUGGGGGAAGCCCAUGGACACCAGUUCCACUUGGGAUGGACCCAGCAGGGACAGCAGAGAAUCCAAGUCUAGCUGGGGAGGCCACCAUAAGUCUGCUCCAGGUCCCAAACCCAUGGAGACAUGGUGUGGUGAAGAAGUGUCAAUGGGCAACAGCUGGGACCAGGAAGAAGAGGUGGAGAUCGGAAUGUGGAGCAACAAUCAGCAGGACAACCGGUCCCAUGACCAAAGCUCCUGGAACUACAAGCAAAAAAGCUCAAACAAGAUGAACAAGCCAGUCGGCAAACAGGAUGAACCCUGGAUGAAACCUUUCAUCAACCAGUUCAGCAACAUGAACUUCCCUAGAGACUCUCCUGAUGACUCAAUGAAGACAGGAGCAGGGAUGGUGCAGGACAAACGAAUGGAUAUGGGCAGUAUGGGAGACUUCAAUGGAGUAAUGGGGAAAACCCCUGGUUCCCGACACCAGUCUGCCAUGGAUCGCAGCUCUUACUAUGACAAGCUAUCUGCCCCCCACUCUGCUUAUGAUAGCCCAGCUUCUGAUGAACUCUCCUUCAAUCAAAGCAUUAGCUUUUCCCCUUCCAAUUCUGCUCAGCCUGUCUCCUGUCUCGACUCUGAACCAUCUCCUGUCCGUUCUAGUCCUGGGGCUGCUCGGCAGAAUGUAAACCCCAUGUUGGGUGGCAACAGCGUAGCACAGGGCCGAGGCGGCUCCCAGUCCCAGGUUGCCCCCCAACCCAACCUUCGAAACCAAGUGCCUCCACCCAUCCUGCCCUCUCAGGUCCCUCCAUCGCUGUUGAAAUAUCCAGGAAGUAACGGGGGUCUGAACCCUCUGUUCGGCCCUCAGCAGGUGGCUGUGCUGAACCAACUCUCCCAGCUCAACCAGCUGUCGCAGCUCAACCAGAUCAACCAGUUACAGCGUCUUCUUCUCCAGCAGCAGAAGGUUCAGAAUCAGAGAGCCAUGCCCGUUGGACGACAGACUGAACAGACACGUCCUAUUGGUUCAUCUCCAUCAAUGAUGCAGCCCCCACGCCAUCUGGACCCGUCUUUGCUGAAACAGCCACCUCUCAAACCGUACAUGGAUAACUACAUGUCCCACAAUACACCUGAGAUGCAGAAGGAUUCUGCUGCUCUCGGAUCCUUCAGCAACUUCCCUUUAAGCUCUAAUCUGAAUGUAUCCCUGGACAUGGGUAUUGGUGGUAGUAGUGGUGGCGGAGCUGUGAGCUACAAAGAGCCGCCCCAGUCCAGAAUGAAGAAACUUUGGGCUACUGAGCAGAACAGCAAAACUGGUGCUAUGUCGUCUGGGCUGCGUCUGGAGGACUCUCCCUUCUAUGACUUCCUGUCUCCUGGCCCAUCUCCCCUGAGUCCUCCUGGCCAAUCAAUGGGCUCGGUGGGCGAUGGCUGGCCACCCCGUGCCAACUCCCCUCCACCCCAUGGAAAUACUGUCACCUGGCCCCCAGAGUUCCGGCCCGGGGAGCCUUGGAAAGGUUACCCCAACAUUGACCCUGAGACUGACCCUUAUGUGACCCCCGGCAGUGUCAUCAACAAUCUCUCCAUCAACACCGUCCGCGACACAGACCACCUCAGGGACAGGAACAACGGGCCAUCCUCAUCACUGAACACCACGAUGCCUUCUAACAGUGCCUGGUCAUCCAUUCGUGCCUCCAGCCACAGCGGUUCCCUCACCAGUACAGCACAAAGCACUUCAGCCAGACCCAGUGAGUCAAAAUGGUCUCCCAGUGGCGGUUCUGUGUCCAACUCCUCCCUGGCCCAUGAGCUGUGGAAGGUCCCCCUGCCUCCGAAGGCGUUGUCUGUGGCAGCCCCCUCCAGACCUCCACCUGGCCUCACCAGCCAGAAGCCCAGUCCUGCCUCCUCCGGCUGGGACGCCUCUUCCCUGAGGUCUGGGGGCUGGGGCUCCACUGAGUCCAGAUACACACCUGGUUCCAGUUGGGGUGACAGCAGCAGCUCAGGGAGAUCUCAAUGGCUCGUUCUGAAAAAUCUCACACCUCAGAUUGACGGCUCUACCCUGAGGACCCUGUGCAUGCAGCACGGCCCUCUGAUCACAUUCCAUCUCAAUCUGCCGCACGGUAAUGCUGUGGUAUGCUACAGCUCCAAGGAUGAGGCCGCAAAGGCCCAGAAGAGCCUGCACAUGUGUGUUUUGGGAAACACUACUAUUCUGGCUGAGUUUGCCAGUGAGGAGGAAAUCAACCGUUUCUUUGCACAAGGGCAGUCAUUGGCCACUCCCUCCUCUAGCUGGCAGGCCAUUGGCUCUUCUCAGAGCAGAAUGGAUCAGUCUCACCCAUUUCCCAGCCGCGCUCCUGAACCUAACCAGUGGAACAGCAGCAAUCUACACAGCUCCUCGCUUUGGGGCGGGCCCAACUAUUCCAGUAGCCUGUGGGGGAGUUCCAGUGGCACUGAGGCAGGGAGGAUCAGCAGCCCUUCUCCAAUCAGCUCCUUCCUCCCGGUAGAUCACCUGACAGGAGGUGGGGACUCCAUGUGAACCGCCUGCCAAUCAAACUGGCUGGGGGAAGGGUCAGUAGAGAAUUAUCAAUAAUCAGCAAAAGAAAAAGAAAAAAAAAGUUAAAAAGAAAAAAAUAAUAAUAAUAAAUAAACACAAUGGCACUAGUUGGACUCUUUCUCACUCACAAAAUAUUCAACAAAACGGGGUUUCCCCUGUGGAAAACAAGUUACGUUUCUCUCUGCACAUAUGUCCACUUUGUUUUAGCCCAAAAACAUAUCAGUCGGAAUACUUGAAUCAUGCAGGCCAAUUCUAUAAUGUGAAAGGAUGGAUAUUUGCUUCCAGGUAGUGCUCUUUCAGACCGAAAAAAAGCUUAAAUCGAGCUCAUUAUUAUAUAUAUAUAUUUUUUUGUUUCAUUCAUUAUGUUAUUUGAAUUCCAAUUCUUUUUAUUUUAUUUGUUUUUUUUUGCAUUUGUUUGCUGACAAUGUUGGAGUAUGAGCUUUUUUAACUUUGCACUGAAUGUGGUUUUUUCUCAGUAUAUAUAUAUAAUCUGCAAUAUAGAGGGAGCAGCCAGUUUUUCCAGUGUAGCUGUUUACUCAUUGAGGUCCUUACCGUGUGUGUAUGUGUGUGUGUGUGUGUGUGUACACGUGUGUAUGUGUGUGCACACGUGUGUGUGUGUUGACUGCCUGUGUGAAUGAGUAUGUGUGCGCUCCUCUCUGCCUUGGCACGCCUACCUUACUGCGUUGUCGUGGAGUUCAAGAUCAACAGAUAGUUAACGAAGAGUAAAAGCUGACUUAGGAGGAUUAUCUGGUGAUUAGUAAAAGUGACAUUAAGUAAAGUAUUGCACCAAUUUUGUUUUAAAACUAAAGAACGUUGAGCUCUGCAGUGCAAAGGACUGUAGCCGCAGCUGGGACUAGCAAACCCCGCCCACCUUAAUAUGGGGCGGGGUCUAUCUAGCAAGCCCUCCCACUUGCCCCCUAGUGGGCAGCAGGAGGAACAGCACUUUCAGAAUAGGCUUUCAAUGUUUUGGAGGUGCCACACUGCAACCUCUUGUUUACAAGACUUAGGAGGCGAAACGUGUGUUCAUUCUUCAUUUUAAAGAGAAGAUGGAAUAAAAAAAAUAAAAAAAACACAAAAAAAAUAACAAAAUGAUUACAACAAAAAUGUUUAAAAAAAAAUAAAAAAUAGAAAAACAACAAAAAAAAAAUGUACACUCUUACUGAGGAUGAAGAUGAUGCUUUGUAACUCUGGGAAUUCGGAUCAGUGUUUUUGGCCAUGGCGUUGGUUAUUUGAACUAUUCCUCUUUGUCUGCUAAAUAACCAGCAAUGGUUCUCAGGAAAUCAAGCCAGUUUCCCCCCUUGUAGUUGAAUAAAAAAAAAACUACUACUCCUUGUAGGAAAGGAAAAUCCAACUUCUAGCACUGAAAACGAUGUAUAGGUCUGUAAAAAAAUUUCUCUGCCAAAUAACUGCUUUAAGCUGGAGAAGCUCAACACACUGCUUUCGAUAUGCUGUCUUUUGGGGGAGGGGGGGAUCCUAAUGUUGGGGGCAGAGGGACAGGCUGUAGAAAAGUCGAACGCUCCCUCUCUCCUCCUCUUCCGCCACUCCUCCACUCCACUGAUGAAAAAAUAAUCAAAAGUGGGGAGUGUCUGUCGUGUGAGUGUGUGAUUGUCAGUGGAAAAUGUCUUGUCGGACUUAAAAACCAAGAGAAAGGCGAAUCUGUAUCUAUGCAUACUGUAGCCUCUCACAUGGCCUACUGAGAGGCAUUUAUUUUUUCCCCCAUGUCUCCAAACGUUUUAAAUGUUUCAAGUACAACAUAAUGAAAAAUAUGACUUGCUUUUCGUUUCUUUUCCUUUUUUUUUCUUUUUUUUUUAAAUCGCUCUCAUUGCCACAAAUGGCGUUUUGAAAAAAGAAAAAAAAAAUUUAAAAAUCUUGUUUUGGUUGAAGAAAAAUAUUUUAACAGUGCAAAAGUCGUCCACAUUUCAUUGCCUUGAUCCUAAUUGUGUCCGAAGAUGCAACAAACAAGUCAAGUGGCUUCUACCUGUUUACAAAUAGAAUAUGAUUGUAUUGUAUUGUACUGUUUUAUUUGUUUUCCUUUUGGGCGGGUGGGUGGUUGGGGGUUUUGGGGGGGGUCUGUUGAUCUGAAGUUCCUGAAGUGCGUGCGUAUGUGUGCGUCAUGUUCCGUCAGAUGUGAGUUUGUCUGCUUGAUUAGAGAGUUGGGUUGAAGGGGGUCGUUUGUGGUCGUGUUUGUGUGCGGAUCGCGUGAAUGUAAAUCCACCAGUGGUGUUCGUCAACAAAAUACACGUGUGAAUAACAAGAUUUAUCUACCAGUGAUUGUUUAGUUUCUAUGAUGCACAAUUUUUGACAAAAAGCUUCAGAGAGUGUGUGAACUUAGAAGUCAGCAUUAGUGAAGCCAUGGACCUUAAUUAUGAUUAUUUUGUUUUCUUCAUUGUGAUGAUUCUGUGUUAAGCCUGUUGUGUGUGUGUGUGUGUGUGUGCGCGUGCAUGUCCUUCUCCCAAUAUUGGUUUUUAUUUCAGAAAUACUAAUAAUGUUUGCUUUAGUUGUGUUUUAAAGUUUAGCCGUGAAUAUUUAACAACUUCAAAGCAUAUGUAGUGAGACAGAACCUCGAGUAUUAGUCAGACUUGACAGUGGUGUGUGUGCCAGUAUUGAACUGCUCUCUACCAAAUAAUUCAGUUAUAUAAAUGAUUAGUUUACUUAAUUCCAGAUCUCUUUGCUUAAGCUAUAUCUAUAUAUAUCAAAUAUGUAUUUGUUUUGUUUAACAACUUUUUUUUUUGUGGAACACCUGAACCAUGUCUGUCGUUUUUGUUUUAGUUAAUUUAAUUUGACAAAUUGAACUGAGGAGCCUUGGAUUUUUGCACUUGAUUGGAUUGAUGAUAAGGCUGAUCAGUCGUAGGUGUAGUGUGGAGUUUUCAGGUCUGUCUGAGGGGACACGCUGCAUCUGUGAGAGCAUUGUGACAGGGUUGAGUGUGUGUGCGUGUGCGGUCUCUUUUUAUUGUUGUGUGGACACAUUUUUGGUUUGAAACCAUCACUGUGAGGACUUUUUGGCCGGUCCUCACGACGGAUGAAGACUUUGAAGGUUAUGAUUGGCAUUUAUUUGUAAUGGUUAAUGUUAGUGUGACGAGGCUAGAGAACACAUUCUAGCUCUGUUCAUAUCUGGCUUAUUUAUGUCUCUAAUUUGAACUCAGAGUUCACUCCAGGUGUUUAGAUCAGAUCUCACCUUUUUGCUCCAUAUGCAAAUAAACACUUGUCAUUUUUUUUUGUUUAUUUGUGGCAUCUAAUGGUCAGACUGCAGAGUGCAACAAACACAGGACUUCUCCGCCAGCAAGUCAAGGAACUGCGGUGGAUACCCGAGAUGCCUGGUCUCUUUCAAUGAAUGUGUUCACACAACAGUGUGUUUGUGCGCUUGCGUGUUGUAUGCUGUGGUUAGUAAAGAUGGUGCUUUGUUGGUCCCAGUGAGGGAGCGAGUGAAGAGGGGGAGGAAGGUGUUGUUGUUUUUCGUCCCCCUUUAGGUUUACCUCUCACUGUUCACUGGGUCAGCGCGGUGACCACGCCGCCUGCACUGAGCCAGAAUGAAGCUGAAAACGGUUUAAAAAGUACAAAUCACGGCCAGAGCCUCAAGGCCUGACCUCUGGCAUCUGAUCAGCCUCAAACGUACGAGUGAAAUUAAAUUAACUACUGCUCACUGUUGUAUUUGAAAGUAUUCCGCCCUCUGUCCCUGGCUGUCAUGGUGAUAGACGGCGGCUGUUGCAUCAUUAGAAUGACUGAAAUGAAGCCUCAAGUUGGCCUGUAGUGACUCAGGCAAGGAGGUUUGACUUGUGAUCAGCUGGUUCUCCCGGCUCUUCAGGGACAUGGUGUUUGUUGCAUUUGGCUCUUUGCUGACAUAUCCAGGAUCAGCGCUUCCUCUCCUGCUCCGUCACUUACUUAAACAAAACUGACAGGUGUGGAGAAAGUCAACGCUAAAUCUUCUGUAUUCCCUUUCCAUGAAAUCACUUUACACACUUCGUUCAUUCUGAUUUUGGCAGUGCUUCUCUCCCAGUGUGGAUCUGGGAGAAGCUUUGUCCCCUCCUCUGUAUCCUUUACCUAAUUAGCCAUCAGUGGAACAAAAAACUGAAAAAGUGCUCUGCUGUUAGAGAAGGGACAAGCAAGUGAUGCCUGUAAACCGCCUUUCACUGGUGUCGAUGUUACCUUUUUGGUUCACAGCUUAAUCUCGCUGUUUCUGUCUUGUCCAAUCAACUGUUGAAGUGUGUGUGUGCGUGUGCGUUUGUGGGAAAAGCAAAAACCCAGUCUUGUACAGAAAAUGUAUGUUCAAACACAGUAUCAUGCCAAAUUGAGGAGGGAGGGGGAGAGGGGAGGAAAGGGAUUGAUUAAUUUUGUUUCCUUUUUUCUUAUUUUUUUCUUUAUUUUUUUUCUUUAUUUUUGAUUUUGUGUGUCUGAGUGUAUUUAAAAAGCUGGACAAUUUUAAUGCUUGAAGAAAAUGUCAUUUGCAAAAGGAUAUUGUGAGGAAAACCUUUUUCAGUAAGUGAAAACCACCAUGAGCAAUGUACAAUCCCCAAGGCUGCCAAGCAGCUUCCCAACAAGAGGGGAGGGAGGGAAGGAAAGGAAAGGAAAGGAAAGAGGGAAGCUGGCUGGUGAUAUUCUACUACUUUUUAAGAAAUAAUGUGACUGUUGUUGUUUUUCUCUUGACUUAACUAUCCUGUGAGCAAAUGCUAUAUUAUUACAUCAUAACACACAACCAACAGCUCCUACUGUCUGAUCAGAAGCGCAAAGGCUUGGUUUUUUGUUUAUUUUUAACACAAACUCAAAAACAAACAAACUAAAAAAAAACUAAAAAAUACAAAAAGGAAAAAAAAAAAUACACAAAAACUGUGAGAAUCUGCUGUUUGUCAUUUUACAUUUAGUAUAAAUUCACACAAACAAAACCCUGAAAAGCUUUAGUCUAACCAGCACAAAGACAUGGGUGGGUGAUAUGUGGGUGGGUGGGGUGGGCACAGUACAGAGGGAGGGAGUGGGUGUUGCUCAGAGAGACUAUGCAGUGGAGUGUUGAACCCAGGCUUCCAUGUCCACCUUGGGGUUUGUUUUUUUUGUUUUUUUUGCUUUCUAUGAAUAAAAACAAGAAAAUCCCUCAAAAAUGGGGGUGAAAAAACAGCUGAGAUGGGAUUCCCAAUAAUAUUCCUCAAACAUGUGCCAUCAUUGAAUCGUACGACUACUUAUAAUAACAAUAAUAACGAUGAAAACUGAAAAAAAAACCUUUAUUACCUAGCAACCGCCGGGCCAGUUGUAGCAGUAGAGGAGGACAGGUUAAGAUUUGCAAAAGUCCAUUUCUUUAUCGUCACCGCUUGUCGAGGAGCGAGGCCGGUGAACCUGCAAAUUUUACACAACUACAAUGUUUUUUAUAGAGAUUCUAUCAAUUCACAGUGUGUAGUUGGAUCACCUGUAAACCUAUUAUGCACAUUGCUUUGGGAGACUGUUGAAACUAUAUAAUAUAUGAGAAUAUAAGCGUACAGUGUCUCUUGAUCGACGAGAGGGCGUCUUCCUCUCUCACAAACAAAACAGGAAGUACCUUUUUAUUUUUCAAAUGUCUUCCUCGGGUCAUCAAAGAAUUUUAUCUUAAACUUUGGGGGAAACUGCACUUUUUGAAGGACAAUCUUUAUUUGUAUGGGUAUAAAAAUUGACAAAAAUGAAGUCGCCUGAUAUUACAAGGUAUAGAAAAACCAACUCCAGUGUGCUCUAAUAAUGAAUGUCUCCUCUGAUGCUGUCUGUCUGUUUGGUUUCAUUUACUCUUUAUUCUCCUUCCUUUUGUUGCUUGGUUUGUUCUGUAUUUUUUUUUUCUCCUUAUUUUUCUGGAUUUUAGUGCUCUUAAGAGAAUCUGUACUAAGGUGUAGAGUAGUAGGUAGUAGGUCUUCUGUUGGCUGUACUCGUAUACUGAUUACUGUUUGUAACCUUCUGGCUCCUGCAGCCAGCAUACAAAGCUGUAUAACAUGGGUACAACCCUCAAUAAAAGACUAACAGUGA